AUGUUUGAGGAAGUUAAACUCACCAUGCCAUCUGGACAAAUCAUCGCUGGUAAAUGGUUUGGAAAUAAAUCAAUUAGACCAAUUUUAUGUCUACACGGACAUGAAGAUAAUGCCGGAACCUUUAAUCGUUUAAUUCCGAUGUUAUCCAAUAACUUUUCAUAUUUAGCAAUUGACUUUCCGGGCCAUGGGAGGAGCUCAUGGAUUCCUCAUGGACAGCAGUACAUGAUUAUGGAUUAUUUAUUUGUGGUUGAUUUUUUGUUAAAAUAUUAUCGGUGGGAUAAAGUCAGCUUUUUAACACACAGUAUGGGAUCAAGAGUGGCUUUUUCAUACGCAAGCUUAUAUCCUGAACGUGUUGAUUUAAUGAUAUCAAUUGAUGUGCUGAAACCUCCUGUUCUAAGCGUCAAAGCGCUUAAAGAGCAAUAUAAUGAAAUGUUUGAACGAUUUUUAGUAGAUGACAAGAGGAAUCAGGAAAGUACCGAGCCACCAGCCUACACAUUUGAAGAAAUGAUUGAAAAAAUUAUUAUUGGAACCAAAAAAAGUGUCACAAGAGAAACUGCUCAUCAUUUACUUGAAAGAAACGUUGAGCCAUCCAAAAAAUAUCCAGGAAAGUUUUACUUUUCAAGAGACCGGCGACUCCUAUCAAAAUAUCAAAUAAAUUUCCCACAAGAGAACCAAUUGGAGCUUGCUGAAUCCCUAACAAUGCCAUACCUUUACAUAAAAGUUACGAAUUCAUCUUACGCAAAACCAAAAAGGGACAUAAACGAGGCAGAAGCCAUUAAAAUCUUGAAAAAGCAUCCACAUUUUCAGUAUUGUUUAAUUGAGUCCGACUCACAUCACGUUCACUUGACGGAGCCUGAAAAAAUUUACAUAAUUAUAAAUGAAUUUCUGGAGAAACAUAGAAGGUUGAAGAGUCAGCUGUGA